AUGAACAACUUCAUAACAACGCUGAUCAGCUACGUUGUACUUAUCAAGGCCGCUCAGCAGCAACAGAUCAACGUUUUGGAUGUUAUAGGCGAAGGUAUCCAGAAAGAUAUCGCACCCAUCAAGCAGCCCAUAGAUGAAACAAUAGCUGAUAUAGGAUCCAAGAAAUGUACCGACGUUAAGAAGAUACUUGGUGUAGCAUACGAUCAGCUAGAGGGCGUGCGCGAACCUGACUUAAAUGCACUCACAAUAUUGUUUAAAACUCGGGCCAGCAACCUUACAUACAACAUUAGCGAGGCGGCCGAGUUCAUCAGCGAGGCGCGCAACUUUGAGCCCAGCCACAAGCUCAUCAUGUUCGUACACGGCUUCACCGACGACCCCACCAAGAACAGCUUUCAGAACAUCAGCGAGGCCUUCUUAAUGAAAGGUGAGGUUAGUGUGAUAGCUCUGGAUGGCAGUUCGCUAAUCCGCUGGCUAUACCUUCGCUCCACCACAUACGUAAGAUUCAUGGGCAGGAAACUAGGAGAGGUGCUCGCACGUUUGGUUAAAAAAGGCACAGAACCGUCAAAGAUCCACAUGAUCGGGCACAGCCUGGGCUCGCACAUCUCCGGGUUCGCGGGCAAGACUUUGGCGCGCCUGACGGGCCGACGGUUGGGCCGGAUAUCAGCGCUGGACCCCGCCGGCCCGUGCUUCAGCCACGUGGCACCAGAGCUGAGGCUCAAGAACACGGACGCUGAUUUUGUAGACGUUAUCCACACGGACAGUGGAGUUUAUGGGCUGAGGGAUCCUAUAGGUCACGUAGACUACUAUCCCAACGGUGGGUCGCAGCAGCCCAACUGUCUGCUGCAAACUUGCAGCCACUCGCGCGCCUGGCUGUACUACGCGGAGUCCGUGCUCGAGAACCGGGCUUUCCCUGCGCUCAAGUGCAAGGACUGGGAGGCCUUCAAGGACGGAGACUGCGAAGACGAAAUCAGCUACAUGGGCGAAGGGUCCACACCGGAAACGCGGGGUCAGUUCUACCUGCAAACGCGAGGAACGUUGCCUUACGGACUCGGGGAUGACGGGUUACGCUACCGCGACCAGCCUGGACUGCUGCAGAGUAUCGGCACCUUAUUCGGAUAG